GAGGGGGCGUGUAGGGGCGCCAGGCGUUGCUUGCAUCGGGCCGGCUUGCAGGGCGGCGGCGCAGAUCCGGGCAGGGGUGCUACAGGGGCGGCGGCGCAGCUCCUGCGCGGGGAGUGUAGGAGGCGCCGGCGCGGAUCCAUAGCAGGGACGGACGACGCCGUCGGGAGGAUAGGAUGCGGGGGUGAGCUAUGGACGGGCAGAGGCGGGGGUAGGCGAGGAAAAGGCGCUCGAUUCUCAUGCCGCGUUGAAGGAAAGCGAAGUUCAUGUGUAUUCUGCGCUUCUCAGAUAAGCGGCUUUCCAGAUAAGCGAAAAUUAAGCUAGGCAUUUGGGUAGGAUUCUCGAUUAUUUUGGCCGAGAAUCCGCUUAUAAGUGGAAACAAACAGCCCUGAGAGGCUUCCUCGGCCGCCAUCGUGGCCCCCAUCUUCUCCGCCGCCGGUGCUCGCCAUGGCUUCCUCGGCCGCAGCUGCUCGCCGCCUCCUACUCCUCCGCCACCACCGCCACCUUCUACCCAGACGCUACAUCUCUUCCUCGUCCGCAGCCGAUGGCCUCGGCGACAACGGUGGCGGCGGCCGCCUCAAGAUCUUCGACCGCGACCUGAAGCGCCGGCACCGAGACCGCGCGGCAUGGGCGAUGCGGGAGACUGACGGGUUCGUGGAUGCCGUCGCUGAGAACCUCCUAGACCGCCUUGAGGACUGCAGGAAGGCGUUCCCCUCCGCGCUCUGCCUCGGGGGUUCUGCUGGUGCCGUCCGCCGCUUGCUCCACGGCCGCGGUGGAAUUGAGAAGCUGAUCAUGAUGGACAUGUCGCCCGACAUGGUGAGGAAGUGGCGAGAAUCAGAGAAUGCUAACGAUGACGGACCAGAGACGCACUUUGUUGUCGGUGAUGAGGAGUUCCUUCCAAUCAAAGAGAGCUCAAAGGAUUUGAUAAUAAGCUGUCUUGGGCUUCAUUGGACAAAUGAUCUUCCUGGAGCAAUGAUACAGUGUAGGCUGGCGUUGAAACCUGAUGGCCUUUUUCUCGCUGCAAUUCUUGGUGGAGAAACACUGAAGGAGCUUAGAAUUGCAUGCACCAUUGCACAAAUGGAACGAGAGGGGGGCAUCAGUCCUCGAAUGUCACCUUUGGCACAAGUCCGUGAUGCAGGAAACCUUUUGACAAGGGCAGGCUUCACCCUUCCAGGAGUUGAUGUUGAUCAGUAUACUGUUAAAUACAACAGUGCUUUGGAACUUGUUGAACAUCUUAGAGCAAUGGGGGAAACAAAUGCUCUGUUUCAAAGAAAUCCUGUGUUAAAAAGGGAUACAGCCUUGGCAACUGCAGCAAUUUACCAGUCAAUGUUUGGGUUAGAGGACGGAUCUAUUCCAGCAACAAUUCAAGUAAUGUACAUGACUGGCUGGAGGGAGCAUCCAUCACAGCAAAAGGCUAAGAGAAGGGGUUCCGCGACCAUAUCAUUUAGUGACAUACAGAAAGAAUUUGCUCCCAGUGAGAACUGAGCUUUGCUGCUUCAAAAUGUCAGUAUUCCUUAACCCCCUUGAUCUAAAAAGAAAAACAAUACAUGGGGAAAUAAAAGAACUCUUCCAACAGCUACCCGGAAGCUUCAUAUUUCUUUUAUUCAAAAAAGCUUCAUAUUUCUGAGGGUUCACAUUUGCAGAAAGCAAGUGCGCUUCUGUUGGUUGUAUCAAUUUUCUGUGGGAAAUCAUUUAAUCUGUAUCUACCAUGAUCCUGCUGCGAAUAGUAGUGCAUGGAGAACCGAUGUUGCCUGUUCAUACUGAGUUUGAGGAAGCCCAGAAAGCCAGAACAUGUGAAAUGUUACAAGACACUACCACUGUUAUUGUCGUGACUUAAAACAGUUUCCCUGCGGCAUCCAACUAUUACGAGACACUGCCACUAUUAUUGUGGUAUA